AUGAGAAAGGGGAACCAAAGCUCUGGGACAGAUUUCACACUUUCUGGUCUUUUCCAUUAUGGCCAGAUGAACGUUCUUCUCUUUGCUGUCCUUGCCAUCCUCUUUUUAGCAGCUCUGACAGGUAACUUCAUCCUGAUCCACCUCAUCCGGUUGGACGCCCGGCUCCACACACCCAUGUACUUCCUGCUCAGCCAGCUCUCCAUCAUCGACACCAUGUACAUCUCAACCACCGUGCCCAAGAUGGCAGCUAACUUUCUCUCGAAUACCAGGACCAUUACUUUCAUGGGUUGUGAGAUUCAAGCAUUUGUGUUCUUGGGGCUGGGAGGAUCCGAGGCCCUUCUUCUGGGCUUCAUGGCUUAUGAUCGGUACAUUGCCAUCUGCCACCCCUUACGGUACUCUGUCCUCAUGAGCAGGAAGGUCUGUGGCUUCAUGGUGGCUUGUGCGUGGACCAGCGGUUCCAUCAAUGCAUUCAUGCACACGCUGUAUGUAUUCCAACUUCCCUUCUGCGGGUCUCGGCUUGUCGACCACUUCUUCUGUGAGGUCCCAUCUCUGCUGCCCUUGGUGUGUCAGGACACUUCCCAGUAUGAGUACACAGUGCUCCUGAGUGGGCUUAUUAUCCUGCUGCUGCCCUUUGUGGCCAUCAUAGCUUCCUAUGCACGGGUGCUUGUCAUUGUCUUCCAGAUGAGCUCAGGAAAGGGGCAGUCCAAGGCCGUGUCCACUUGUUCCUCACACCUGAUUGUGGCCAGCCUGUUCUAUGCAACCACCCUGUCCACCUACACAAGGCCACACUCCUUGCAUUCUCCUGCACAGGACAAGGUGGUGGCCGUGUUUUAUACCAUUGUCACCCCUCUCCUGAACCCGUUUAUCUAUAGCCUGAGGAAUAAGGACGUUAUAGGGGCUAUGAGGAGACUGCUGGGAUAG